GGCGGCGGGAGCGGGAGGCGUGUGGAGCCGGGAGGGAACGGCCCGGCCUGUGCAGUGCCGGGCACACAGCGGCAUAACGCCGGGCACACAGCGGCAUAACGCCGGGCAUGUCGCCGCUGGGAAGCAAGGCAGCGGGAAGGAGCUGUGGGGUUUGUGUGUAACGUCUUGUGAAGUGUCCCAGAGCACGGUGGCCCCACUGGGUGCAGGAUGGACCCUGUGGUUCUCAGUUACAUGGACAGCUUGCUGAGGCAGUCAGACGUUGCCCUGCUGGAUCCUCCCAACUGGCUCAACGAUCACAUCAUUGGCUUUGCCUUUGAGUACUUUGCCAACGACCAGUUCCAAGAAUUUGGCGAUCAGAUUUCCUUUAUCAGCCCCGAAGUGGCUCAGUUCAUCAAAUGUGCCCUUAGUCAGGAAGAAAUAGCCAUAUUCCUUCAGCCUCUGGACUUGCUCCACAAGAAGCUGGUGUUCCUGCCCAUCAAUGAUAACUCCAGCCAGGCAGCAGGGGGCACCCACUGGAGCUUACUGGUUUACUUCAGGGACAAAAAGUGCUUUGCCCAUUAUGAUUCCCACAGCAAGUGCAACUCUGCCCAUGCCAAGCAAGUGGCAGGGAAACUGGAGGCCUUUCUGGGGAAAAGAGGAGGCAAAGCAACCUUUGUGGAGGAGAAAGCACCGGCCCAGCAGAACAGCUACGACUGCGGGAUGUACGUGAUCUGCAAUGCUGAGGUGCUGUGCCAGGGGUACUUCAGGGGACAGCAGGAGCCUCUGCUACAGCUCCUCACCCCUUCCUACAUCACACAGAAGAGAAGCGAGUGGAAAGCUCUCAUUACCAAGCUUGCACAGAAGUGUUCUGGGUGCUCCCAAGUCACUGCUCUCAGUGCCUGAGGGAGGCGCCCACACUCAGGAUUUUCCCCUUGAGAAGAAUGUAACCCCUUCAGCAUGGUCACAACCCACAGUGCCCUCUUCACAAAGCCUUACUCUCCUCUGGAAGUCACCAGCCUUUCAGCUUCCCACCAAUGAAGUCACUUGGCUUGCAAAGAAAUCUCCCUGUCCGUGCUCAUUUGUACACUUAUUGCUGUGGCAAAAUGGGGUGCUAAAGAGGCUUCACCUUUGCCCAGCAAGCAAUGCACCCUCAUUAGGUGGCUUUAAUUAUCUGGGGGCAUUGCUGCUCCUGCCUGGUUUAGCAGUGCCCAUUAAAGCUGAGCACAGAAUGCUUUAUUGUGGACAGCCCUCAUCUGCACCUCCAGCUCCGGGUGUUUGCAGCGGCAAUGCUGGAGUUCCCCCAAACACUUGACACUGAGAUAUCUCCAGUGGUCAGACUCAAAGGGAAAUGCUGCAGUGAACUGCAGAACGGGGCAAAAAUCAGUGUGCUACAGAUAGCUACAGGCAGCUACUCCAGGCCUGUAUGAAGGUAGCUUUACUUUUUUCUUCUUUUUUUUUUUUCCUCCUUCUCCACCCCUGCUUGUUCUGAUUACACAUUGAAGCUUCUAGAAGAUGAGUAGGUGAAAAGGAAAACAACUGAGAAUAACAGCUCCUAGGAAAGGAAGUUUAGUUGAAAUGGAAAGCGAUGCUCUGUCUUUGAAGUUGUUUUUCCCCUCAUGAUUUUAGGUCACCUCCAUUUUGGGGGAGGGUACUGCACCAUUCCUCAACCCUCGUUAUCAUUUGCUGUGCUUUCUGUAGCACAAAAACAGUUAUAUUACCCCAAUUUAAAAAAAAAAAAAAGGACAAAAGGGGCAGAAUUUGAGGGACAAAAGCCAAAGAUAUGUUGUAUCUUAUAUGUUAUGUCUCCUUGAAGCUCGAGAUGGUGGUCCCCAAUAUCCCGUCACGAUCGGCACGCUCAGAACAUACAGGUGCCAACUGGAUCGAGGAAAUCCAGGCUAAAAACAACCCUCAGAAAGGCAGAGGGGUUCCUUUAACCUGCAUCUCCCCACACAUCCCAUUUGCAGCACCAGCACAGCACAGCCAUGGCCAGCUGUAGUGUGGGGCACAAGUGUCUUCAGCUCCCCUUGUUUUUAAGUAAGUAGAUGCAGCCUGACAGACUGCUCCAAAUACACACAGAACGGAGCUCCCAGCCGUUACCAAAGGCGAGCAGCCGGCAGCGUGCAGCUUUCCUCCCUGGGAAAUCACUUCCACUGCUCAGAUGGAUUCAAACACCCCAAGCGGCAUCAAGUCUCUUGCUGAGGGAAUUUCCUUUGGAGCGAGGGUCCUGCGUGGCCAUUCUCCAGGUGACACCUCUGCACCCCACAGUGCAGUCACUUCUCAGAGAUUCUGCAGAUGAGCUGCAUGUUUAAUGCCAACAAAUACUUCUGUCUGGUGCGACAGCACUAACUCCCCAUCUGCACCCAAACAGGAGGAGUGGAUGAAGGAAUAGAACUCCUGGGUCUCUUCUUUCUUGGGAGAACCACAAAUAAAACUUAAAGUAAAACUUG